AUGACUUACUCGAUAUUUCUAUUCGUUUUUAUUCUAAUCUAUCAUUUAAAUAGAAGUCUAGCUGAGAAUUCAUUUUUAAAAACACAAGUUGGUGUAAGACAAGACUUCGAAGAGCAAAAUACGGCAAAUAUUGUUGGACAUGAUGAUUCAAUAACAAAUUUUUCGUUACAUUCUCCAAUGAAUUCAUAUGAUGUUACAACAUAUUGGUCAUCGAUACGUUCAAUGAUUAUGAAUACUUUUCGUUUAACUGGUUCUAAUUGUGUCUGUUCAUAUGAUCAACUAAUAAAUUUAUUAUCAUGUUCACCAUACUCACAAGAUCCAUCUUCAGAUCCACUUUCGUCUAUAAAUAAACGUGUUAUUAAUAUAACAUUAACUAGUUGUAAUUUUUUUUCUAAUCAUUUAAAUCUUCCAUUAAUCACCAAAAACAGUAUUGAUUAUUUACGAUUACAUGAUGUUAAUCAUCAAGGUCAUCUUAUUAUUAAUGAAAGAUCAUUUUCAUCAUAUACAAUAAAUCAUAUAUAUAUAUUAUAUGGUUAUACUCAACCAACAACAAAAUUAUUAAUUUCAAAUGAAACAUUUUCAUCAUCAUUAAUAAAUUUAUCAUUACGUACACUUUAUAUUGAUUCAUGUUAUCUUGUAACAUUAAAUAAAACAUUAAAUAGAUUAUUUUUUCUUGAAUCAAUUACAUUAAUAAAUAUUGAACAAUUUUCUUGGUAUGAUUUUCAACAAGAAAUAAAAUAUUUACCAAAAUUACGUUAUAUUUAUAUUGGUGAUGAAAUUCUUUCAACAACAAAUAAAAUAUUUAAUGUAUUAUCAUGUCAAGAUAUAUUACCUCAAUGGAUAUUAACUUAUCUUUCAAUUCAAACAUGUAGUUGUCAAUUUAUUUCAUUUUUAACAACAAUUCAACAUUAUAAUAAUAUAUCUAAAUGUCCAAAUUCAGAUAAUAGUAUUGAAUAUAUUAAUGAUGUUUGUCUAUUUAAUGGAAAAAAAUAUCAAAUACAAAAUCAAAAAAAUUUAUUUUGUAAUAAAUGUUUAUCUUAUCAAUGUUCUAACCAAACAUUAUGUACAGAAGCAUAUGAUUCACAACCGAUUUGUUUAUCAUUAUCAAAAGAUUAUUAUGAAACUAUUCACAAUCGUAUACCAAUAAAAUCUAAUACAAAACAAAAUUUUUUUCAAGAGAGUCAAGAAUAUCUAAGUACAAAUCCAAAUAGAACUCUAGAUUCAAAUGGAUUUUAUUCAGUUGCAAUAACGUUAAUUAAUUCAAAUCGAAAUCUUACAGAAUAUUCUUCAAAUGAUGCACAAAUGUUUCAUGAAACAUUCGCUGAAAUGCUUAAACGACCAUGGGCACCAGAAGUUUAUACGUCAUCAGGAUAUCCAGAAGGACCAUCAUCAUUAACACAACCAAUAAUUUGGCAACAAUUAUUAAAUUCUUUAGAUAGAUCAGUUCAAUAUAUCGAUGAUAAUGAACCAAAAUUUGAAUUUCAUAGUAAACCUAUAUCAACAAUAAGUCUACGUUUCAAAACAGAAGAGCAACCACAAGAAAUAUUUGGCUGGCAAAUAACAAAUGAUAAUAUAGUAACAGCAAAUAUUACUGAUAUUCAAUCAAUUGAUAAAAAUGUAACAUCACGUGUUUUUCUUAAAUUUAAUACUAAUAAAGCAUAUAAAUUACAUUGUAAUAUAUCAAAAUCAUUAAAUAAUUGUACAAAUCGUUUUUCAAUAACAUCAAUUAAAUCCCAAAAAUUAUUUUAUAAAACAAAUCGAAUUCCAGAAUAUGAUGUUAUUUCAAUAGUAGCACCUAAUCAAAAUCAAUAUGUUACAUUUUAUUUUGAUCAAAAAAUUUCAUCAAUUGAUACAUUUGAAUAUUCAAUAAAUACAACAAAUUCAACAAUAAUAGAUACAUUUUAUGAUCAACUUGAUCUUAUGAUUUCAGAAGGUAUUUGUAUGUAUUUAAAUACAACUAGUAUGAUAUGGCAAACAGAUGGUUGUUUAACAGAUCGUCAAUUAUCAAAUAGUUCAUCAAUUACAUGUACAUGUAAACAUUUAACAAUGUUUACAGUAUUUUUUUCAUUAACAUGUGCUAAUCCAUCAAAAACACUUGAAAUUUUAAGUUGGCUUGGUUGUGGUCUUUCAAUAAUUGGUCUUUCUAUAACAUUUCUUAUGUUUAUUUUUAUUAGUCUAUAUCGACGAACAGAAAAUUCAAGUCAUGGAAUAUCAUCAUCAAAUACGAGUUCAAGUCAAGAAUUACGACGAAGAAUUAUGAAUAAACCACGUCAUAUAUCAAUAGUAAAAUCAAUGUUAUUUAUCUUAUGUAUUUUAUUAAUUCUAAUGAAUAUUCUUAUAUUUAUUCUAACAUUUGUUAAACCGGGUCGAAAUCUUGGUUGUACAAUAUUAUCAGCAUUACUUUAUUAUUUUACAUUAACAGCUUUUAUAUGGAAAUUUUUAUUUGCUUUACAACAAAGUUUAUUUCUAACAAAUUUAUUUAAACCACAAUGGUCUAAUAAAACAUUAUUUACUAUUUAUUUAAUAUUAACUUUUUCAAUACCUGUUAUUCCAUUAUUAAUUAUGUUUGUUAAAUAUGAAAAUUUAACAUUUAUAUCAUCAACAUGUAAUUAUUGUUGGUUAUCACGUGAAUUUCUCAUCUAUGGAUUAAUAAUACCAAUAUUAAUCAUAAUUUGUUUAAAUAUAAUAUUUUAUUUCUAUACAAUGAUUUAUUUAUGUAUGAGAAAUCGUCAACAAAUAGGUUUACGUUCAACAAAAUCUGAACAUUCACGACGUAUACAAAAUUUUAAAAUUGGACUUUUUUUUGCUAUUAUUAUGGGUUUUAGUUGGAUAUUAGGUUUUCUUGUUCUUAUACCAAAUACAUAUGUACAAUUAUUUGGAAAUAUUUUAUUUUGUAUGGUUAAUACAUUUCAAGGUUUUGCUUUUUCUAUCAUGGUUUUUUUUAUGACUGAACGAAAAUCAUUUCUUCAUUAUUGCUGUUUUUGGAAAAAUAAAAAUCAAAUAAAAACAGCAACAAAUUCACAAAGUAUUAUACUUCAAGAAUCAUUACCAAUAUCAAAUGAUAAUGAUAAUAUUAAAAUAAAAAAUAUAUAUAAUUCAUCAAUUCAUACAUCAUCAACAACAUCUGGUGGUGACGCUAAUAUUCAUGAUACAUUUGAUCAUUGUCGUAUUAAAAAAUUACCAACACAAAAAGCAAUAUAUGAAGACGAACAUAUUUAUAGUUCACCAAAACUUUGA